GAACUCGUAGCGUUAGAGAGACCAGAGAGGCGAGGCAGGAGCCCCGGGCACCCGGGCACACAAACAGGAAGUCUCCCCCCCUCGGGGCUCCACCCCCUGAAGGACCCCCGUGUGGCCCCAGCAGAGAGCCCGCAGCCAGAGGGAAUGGCCCCCGGGACCCCAAGGCCCCCCUCCCAGGGGUCAAUCACGUUCAAAGAUGUGGCUGUGGACUUCACCCAGGAAGAGUGGUGCCUAUUAGAAUAUUCUCAGAAAGAGAUGUAUCUGGGGGUCAUGCUGGAGAAUGUGCAGAAUCUACUUUCUGUGGGGCUUCCAGUUCCUAGGGAAAAUUUUAUCUCUUGUUUUCAGCAAGGGGAGUCACCAUGGCUGCUAGAGCAAAAAGGCCUAAGGCGUUCCUGCCCAGAGGCAGAGACUAAUUUUGAAGUGAAGGAGAUGACUACGAAGCUGAGCCUUUUUGUGGAAGGAUCUGGCCCCCAAAGAUGCAUGAGUGAGGGUCUCUAUGACUUCAUUUUGAGAGAAAUCUGUGACUCUACUAUUAAGGUAAAUGAGAAUCCAAAGAGCGACUGUGAAUUUGAUGAAAGUGCCGAGAAAUUCAGCCAAUAUUCAGUCCUUAAUCAGCAUAUGAAAUUGACCUCAGGAAAUGACUGUUGUCAGGAUAGUGAAUAUAGGAAAUGCUUUCCUGAAGAAGUUUUCACACAAAGGGGCCAUCUUGCUGCGCAUCAGACGGUCCACACUGGAGAGAAACCCUAUAAGUGUAAACAAUGUGGAAAGGCUUUUACAUGGAGGGGUUCUCUUGCCAGACAUCAGACAAUUCAUUCUGGAGAGAAACCUUAUGAAUGUAAACACUGUGGAAAGGCUUUCACACAGAGGGACCAUCUUACUACACAUCAGAGAAUCCACACUGGAGAGAAACCGUAUGAAUGUAAACACUGUGGAAAGGCUUUCACAAAGAGGGACUAUCUUGCUGCACAUCAGAGAAUCCACUCUGGAGAGAAACCUUAUGAAUGUAAAAACUGUGGAAAGGCUUUCACACAAAGGGGCUAUCUUGCUGCACAUCAGAGAAUCCACUCUGGAGAGAAACCUUAUGAAUGUAAACACUGUGGAAAGUCUUUUACAUGGAGGGACUCUCUUGUUGCACAUCAGACAGUCCACUCUGGAGAAAAACCAUAUGAAUGUAAACACUGUGGAAAGGCUUUCACACAGAGAGGCUAUCUUGCUGCACAUCAGAGAAUCCACUCUGGAGAAAAACCUUAUGAAUGUAAACACUGUGGAAAGUCUUUUACAUGGAGGGACUCUCUUGUGUCACAUCAGAGAAUCCACUCUGGAGAGAAACCUUAUGAAUGUAAAUACUGUGGAAAGGCUUUCACACAGAGAGGCUAUCUUGCUGCACAUCAGAGAAUCCACACUGGAGAGAAACCUUAUGAAUGUAAACAGUGUGGAAAGGCUUUUACUGGGAGAGGCAAUCUUGCUGCACAUCAGGCAGUCCACUCUGGAGAAAAACCUUAUGAAUGUAAACACUGUGGAAAAGCUUUCACACAGAGGGGCCAUCUUGCUGCACAUCAGAGAAUCCACUCUGGAGAGAAACCUUAUGAAUGUAAACACUGUGGAAAGGCAUUUACUUGGAGGGACUCUUUUGUUGCACAUCAGAGAAUCCACUCUGGAGAGAAACCUUAUGAAUGUAAACACUGUGGAAAGGCUUUUAUAUGGAAGAUCUCUCUUGCUAAACAUGAGAGAAUCCACACUGCAGAGAAACCUUAUGAAAGUAAACACUGUGGAAAGGCUUUCACACAGCGGGGUAAUCUUGCUGGACAUCAGAGAAUCCACACUGAAGAAAAACCUUAUGAAUGUAAACAAUGUGGAAAGACUUUUCCACGGAGGGGCUAUCUUGCCAGACAUCAAAUAGUCCACACAGGAGAGAAACUUUAUGAAUGUAAACAGUGUGGAAAGGCUUUCAGAUGGAGGGCCCAUCUUGCUGCACAUCAGACUGUCCACAUUGGAGAGAAACCUUAUGAAUCCUCGGAGUUUGGGCGAAAGCAUGUGCGCAUGUACCAAGAAGAGCCGACCUGCAGGGGUGGUGUGCUGGGCGGAGUACAAGGAGGAAGUCUCCCCACCUCGGGGCUCCUACCCUCUGAAGGAUCCCCGUCUGACCCAAGCAGAGAGCCCGCAGCCAGAGGGAAUGGCCCCCGGGACCCCGAGGCCCCCCUCCCAGUCCUCGGGAGCCCCUGCCUGAAGAAGCCGGCCCAGGUUCCAGUCAGACAGGCCCAGGCGCUGUAUAGACUCCCCAUUCCCAGUGAGCCCAGCUCCUUCUACUGGGCUCUCAGCUUCCCUAGAUAA